AUGUCAGGCCAUGAUCGUCAUAGAUCGUUAUGGGAACAUUAUUAUAAAGAUUGUCAUGGUAUCAUUUUCAUAAUUGAUAGCAGCGACAAACUACGAUUGGUUGUUGUUAAGGAAGAAUUAGAUAUGCUUCUUCAGCAUCCAGACGUAGCUGGUCGAAAAAUACCAAUUCUCUUUUUGGCAAAUAAAAUGGAUUUGCCAGAUUCUUUAACCACGGUUAAACUUGUUGCUGGACUUGGUCUCGAUCGUAUACAGAAUAAACCUUGGCAUAUACGAGCAACGAAUGCAAUUACUGGAGAAGGCUUACAGUUAGGAAUUGAAUGGCUUACAGAUCAAAUUCGUGAUAUAUACAUUAAUAAAAGAUAA